UUUAUUAAUUAUAUGAACUAGAUCGCGUAUGUCGCUGGUUGUCAUAAAUUAUCUGCGUCAUCUUUAGAUAUUUGCAGAUGAGAUUUUUAUAAGUGAUUUUAGCGAAUCUUUAAUUUUCUUCUGUUGUGUCUAAUUCAUAAAAAUUAAGGUUAAUCUUACAUCAUAAAAAUGACUUUAAUCGAGGGUGUUGGAGAUGAAGUGACAGAUUUUUUUAUAGUUGUGGCUGUCCUCUUAAUAGGAUGGCUUGCAUGGUAUUCUACAAGUAUUACAGACCAACCAUUAAUCCGCACAGUACUUGUAUUACGUCGAACACGCACACGUCUUGCUGAACUUAGAGCUAAUCAUCAAAGUGCAAGCUCAUUUACACGACCUCCAAAUUUGGAGGUAACUGAAGAAGAAACAAUAGAACCAAUUGCAGAUGAUAAUAAUGGCAAUUCACAAGCUUGUCCUGAACCAUCUAUUGCAGACACAAAUGAAGAAAUUUCUCCUGACACACAUAGAACAUCUGAAGCAACAGCUACAGAGGAAGUACUUAUUGAAGCUAUGGAUUCAUUUAAUAAUGAUUGUGCAACAAAAUUACAAAAACAAACCAAAUUAAGCUCUUCUAAAGAAACAAGUAUAUCAACAUCAACAUGUAAUGAUUCUAUAGAACAUGAACGUGAAACUCUUUCAACAACAGAUGCUAAUGAAAUUAGCAUCAAGCUUAAGUUUAUAAAUGAUGAUCAAAAAAUGGUUACUGGUAGCUUAAAAGAAUUGCUUGGAGAUUUUAAAAGGAGGCAUUUUCAAACAGAGCUAGAUGCACAAAAAUUAGUGCGUUUAGUUUUUAAUGGUCGAGUACUGCAACCUGACAAUCAAACAUUGGAAAGAUGUGGCUUAUAUAAUAAUUGUGUAGUUCAUUGUUUGGUUCAUCAACCACGACCAAAUCCUGUAUCAUCUCAAACAUCAACAUUAGACAAUUCAUCACCAAUUUAUUUUAACCCUCAAUCAUUUUCUGAUAUUCCUGUUGGCACAGGAAUUAGUUCUGUGCAUAAUGAAUGGGAUUUGAGUAGACCAUUAGUGGUCAUUUUGACUGUCAUGUUAGGUUUCGCUUGGUAUUCCCGAUAUCAUUAUGCUCAAUUUUUUACCGCGAGUACAACUCUCGCAUUAUAUGCACUCACUGCAAUUUUCGCAAUGUCAGUAGCUUUAAUAUUAUGUCAUUAGUUAGUAAUUUCUUUUUCAAUCAACAAUGCAACAUCAGAAAUAUUGCGUGAAUUUAUAGCAAAGAAACAGUUAAAGACAUUAUUUUGAAAUAUGAUUUUGUAAACAUUAAUGUGUGUUUUCAGUGUAACAUCAUUUAAACACAUUGGUUCCUGACAUAAAAGAGAACAUGAAGGGUUAUUGUGAUUUUUAUCAAUGUAUAAAGGAAUUCAUAUGAAUAAUAUAUCAAGUAUACUAUAAGAUAGUAUGGAUUUGCAUUUCAAAUUUUAAAUCAAUUUAUCUGCAUUUUUUCUUUUUUUUAACUCAAAAUUUUAAUUUAUAUAUUUACAAAGGAAAUUUCCUUGGAUUUAUAAAAAACUAUGAUUAUAAAUGGGAACGUAUAUAAUAUUAAAUUUAUAAAUUCGAGCAAUUAAUAUUUUGAUAACUAGCCAAUAUUUGUUCAUUUAAAUAUAUUUGCGAAAUUAAUUUUGAUAAAUAUUAUUCAUUUGUUGAAUUAGUCAUAAUAAAUGUUAUAAAUGACAAUUUGCAAUAAUGCUAUAUCAUUUUCAACAAAAAAUUUAUUAUAUAUUUACAUAUUUAUAAUAUUUUUAUUGAAUUUAAAAAUUACUAUUGAAUUGAUCUAUAUAUAUCUUAAACUUGAAUAUACUAUGUAUAAUUAUUAUAAAUUGCAAUUAUUGAAACAAAAUUAUUAUACUUUUUAUAAAUCUUCCAAAGUUUCUAACUUUAGAAUGGAAAUUACAUAAUACUAAUGUUUUUUGGAGCAUUAUUGAGCAUUAUGAAUUGUUAAAAAAAAAA